UUAAUCCACCAGGUUCAAACCCAAGUCGCGUUGAUCCGUUAGAUCAGCAGGUCAGACCAACCCGAUUCACAGCCCUAAUUAACCUCGCAUGAUUCCGCCUGGGAGCCCUCUCACAGGAAAUGUGGUCUUUCCGACAGUAAAAUCAUGACAGGCCGGAACAUGCAAAACAUUACCUUUCCAAAUUCCUCCACCAUGAUGCAACCGUAUAAUUCCACGACCUGCUUCAAAAUACCCCUCUCGCGUAACUCAUUUUUUUCACAGGUAACCUCUCUCGCAUUACUCUCUCUCUCUCUCUAUUUUUUUGAGCAGAGGCCAUGUCUGCUCAAAUUUCCUCAAAUUCUGCAACAAACUCUAACAAGCCAAUGGGCGGUGGCAAAGUUUCCUUCAAAGUCACUCUCACCUCUGAUCCAAAGCUCCCCUUCAAAGUUUUUAGUGUUCCAGAGGAAGCCCCUUUCACAGCGGUCUUGAAAUUUGCUGCGGAAGAGUUCAAAGUGCCUCCUCAGACGAGCGCUAUUAUCACCAAUGAUGGUGUUGGAAUUAAUCCACAACAAAGUGCAAGUUGGCCUCAAAUCUCCUUUCUACUUCUCAUUUCCUUAUAAGUUUUUUAAUCAUGUGGAAAUGACUACUGGACAGCUUUGAUAUUCUAAGAUUGACACAAAUCUGGUCUACGGAGUUUUUUUAGAUGGAGACUCGGUAUCAAUUACCCCCCUUUUUUUUGGUGAAAUAACGAUAUGCACUACUCUAGGGAUAUUGGAUUACAUUUCAAUCUUAAGUUGAUGUUUGCUGUGAUUUUUCAAUUAAUAUUCAAUAUUGUGAACAAUCUAAAUACUGGCUGGUGUUUUCAGGUAAUGUAUUUCUCAAGCAUGGCUCUGAGUUGUGUCUUAUACCUCGCGACAGAGUUGGAGCAAUUGAUAAAAGAAUUUAGUGUAAUCUGUGACUAUAUCCCGAGUUACAGACAAUCUGGCUUACUAGUAAUUCUCAUAAAUGAAGAAUAAUAUUUUGUUUAGCGUGUUUCAAGAUGUGGAUGGUUACUUUUGUUAUCUUAUGAAAGCAAGAUCACGAUUUUGAAUGGUGUUGAAA